AUGCUGCACACCUCUGAUUGGCCACCCCCAGCGGAUGUCAGAGGAGCCGUGAGGAACCACACCACUAUCACUGAGUUUGUCCUGCUGGGGCUCUCAGAUGCCUGUGAGCUACAGAUGCUCAUCUUCCUGGGGCUGCUCCUGACCUACCUCCUCACUCUGCUGGGGAACCUCCUCAUUGUGGGCAUCACCCUUAUGGACAGGCGCCUCCACACCCCGAUGUACUACUUCCUCCGCAACUUUGCUGUCCUGGAGAUAUGGUUCACCUCAGUCAUCUUCCCCAAGAUGCUGGCCAACAUCCUGAAUGGAUACAAGACCAUUUCCCUCCCUGGCUGUUUCCUACAAAGUUUUCUCUAUUUCUUCCUGGGCACCACCGAGUUCUUCCUACUGGCACUCCUGGAGCUCAUAUGUGCAGACACGAGUCUGAUAGAGCUCCUGGGCUUUAUUACGGCCAUCUUCAGUUUACUGGGCACGUUGUCCGUGACGGCCACCUGCUAUGGCCACAUCCUCCACAUCAUCCUGCGCAUCCCCUCAGCCAAGGAGAGGCAGAAAGCCUUCUCAACGUGCUCCUCCCACAUCAUUGUCAUGUCUCUCUUCUAUGGCAGCUGCAUCUUCAUGUAUGUCCGGUCAGGGAAGGGCAAUGAGGGAGAGGACAAAAACAAGGUGGUAGCCUUGCUCAACACCAUGGUGACCCCGAUGCUCAAUCCCUUCAUCUACACUCUGAGGAACAAACAGGUGAAGCAGGUGUUUAGGGAGCACGCAAAUAGACUCUUCUUAUAA